AUGAAGUCAUUUGAGAACGAAUGUGAUGAAGAACGGCUAUUAUCUGAGGCACUUCAGCAUUGUUCAGCCGGGCACAAGUUAAACCCGAAGGACUUUAACUGCAUAUUAUGGACCGCCAUCGUCAGUGGAGCUUUAGCGGAUCGUGGAAAACUCGGCAACCGAGAGAAGAUCCAGAUGGGCCAUCAGUUCUUGGAGUAUUUGGUCAAAGCCGCUACUAUUGAACCUGACAAUGCGAUGGUAGCUCAUAUGAAAGGCCGGUAUUAUUUAACUCUAUACUCUUUGGACGAUGAGCAGCGAUCACUGGCUAAAUCACUUUACUCGGUUGAUUCAUUUUCUACAUUGGGUAAAGCUCGUUCCAUGUUCGAACAAGCUGCUGCUAUGAAUCCAUCCGAGUGGAUUGAGAACAUGCUCUUUCUCGGGAAGACGUACUUGGCAUUGGAUUUGAAGGGCGCUAUGUUGAAGGUUUUGGAGAAGGCUGUCUGCGUGGAACCGAAGAAUCUGGCGGAGAGGAAAUCGCAGUUAGAGGCGCGGACGAUGUUGAAGAAGCACAAGGAAUAAUCUCAUUGAUUGUAUUAUUGUUAAAGUUUGACUAGCUAUAAUUAGUCUUUAAGUAGUAAAUGUUUGGAGUAUUAUUGCUUUAUUAGUAGUGUUUCAGUUAAAGUAAGAGCGGUAUGAUGGUAGAGCUGUAGUUACAUGUUAAAUAUGUAUGUAGUAUUAUAUCAGUGAUAUAGAAAGAUUGUUUUUGUAGUAAAUUGAAUGUUAUUUAUGUUGAUGUAGGUUAAUUUAUAGUUUUUUGAUUGUAGAUAUUUUGUAACAUUGCUUACUGUUGCCCUUACCUCUACAUAAAGAUCCUCUUGAACUGGAAUGUCAUAUGUCAUAGCCUCCUCCACAGUUUAUCCGUCAUCCUGACACUUUUAUUUGUUACUUUAAUAUAUAAAAGAGAACAUUACUUCUUUAUGACUUUACCUCAGGGCUCAACUUUAAACUCGAAAGUUACUUUUGGAGUGUAAAACAGCUCGGUACUUGAUGAUAUACCACAAUAUAUCAUCGUGUAUUAGGUCUAAAUAUUCAAAAAUUUCGAUUAUUUGGAUAACAAACCGGUCGGAAGGAAAGGAUGUUGCCGAUUCUAGGCAUUCUGUUAAUGUCCCAGCAAUGUUAUGGUCAUGAUGCGGUUUAUAUGUAUCCAUGAAUUCUUAUGAAUAAAGGCGUAAUUUGCACGGAUUUACAAUACUUUUAAUUAAAAGUAUAAACUAUUUUUAUUCUUUCAAUAUUUAGAGAGAAUCUGAAUGUCUUGGAAGCCAGAAACCAGCUUUGUGCCGACACAAACACAGGCGGCUUCUUGUUCAAUACCGAGUUCGACCAUUGGCCGAUGGCUUGUCUGUCUGUUGGCAACUCUCACAACUCUACUUGUUCUCCAGCUCAACCAAUGGACGAGGUGUUCAACUACAUGAAGGCUUCACAAUGGAGGGAUCUGUUACGGGUAAGUCUACUACAAUAUAAUUCUAGGUAUUUCUGGUUUUGUGCAAUAUGCUUGGUUGAACACAUUCAUAUUGUACAAAAAAAACAAGAAAUGUUUUUUAUGGAAGUAAACGUAAUUUUGUAUGAGAUCUUUAUAACUCCAACACUUACUCAUCGAUCAAUCCCUCAGGCAGUGUUUCUGCUCAAAACGUGCCGUCCCUGCCGCCUUCACCGACUCCACUAAGACGUCAGAAUUCAGCGUUUUCUAAAGGAGCUUCUCAGAACACAUUAACGUCAAGAGGACAAUCCCGUCAAGGGUUAUCGUUGUCCAAGCUACCUUCUCCUUCUUCUUCAAGUCAAAACUUGGCUAAAACAUACUUGUCGAGGCCUGCUUCAGAUGAGAAUUCACUUGCAUCUCUUAAAAAUAUUUUAAAUUUACCGUCAACCAACCCCAACUUCUCCGAAUACUUCUCAACUACGACGACCAUCUAAUUUGCCUUCUGGGCCCAAAUCCCACGUUUCUCUUGGACAAAACGUGCCUUUCGGGUCAAGUGUACCUCCUAAUGCGCCUUUAACUUCAGGAUUAAAGUCUAAUUUACCCCCAGGGCCCACGGAAGUUGGUGAAAGGCGAUGUUAAGCGUCUGAAGUUGCCGAUGGCUCUGGCUACAUCUUUCUACGAUAGUGUAGGCGCCGAACAACAAAUCUAACUACAACAACAGUUUGUGAACAAGUUCGGUCGAAGGAAAGCUCCGAUUGCAUCUCCUGAAGAAGCCAACCGGCUGGCACGAAAGAAUUCCAUGGAUUCGAACUUGUCGACGGACUCGAGAGAAUCUGGAAUCUCGGCUACGUCGAUGAAGACUGAAGCCAGGAUUCGGCGGUUUUUUAAUUAUUAAGUUGAUAUUGUAAGUAAGCAGUAGAGUUACAUAUUUUAGCAUUUACCUGGAAAACUGGAUGAGCUUUUGUUUCUACAUUCCGGAACCUUGUUCCUGUUACUCUUCAAUCGCUUCGAAGGAUUAUCCUUGCAUUCGCUUUGGCGCUUCGAAACCCAAAACUCAAGGUUCACCAAGCAUUCCGACAUUAACCACCAGAUUGUAGCACCAGGGGAUGAGAACACGUAUGGCAGCCAUCUCAAACUGGUCGAGGGGAACCAAUUCAACAUUCCUGCACCUUACUUUAUCGUCAAGUUGACAAACCUCGAGUAUGAGUUUGUCGUCUUUCAUCUAGAGAUUGCUAUUGGACACACUGUCAGUGAGAUUCUGAAGAGGGUGAAGUCAUUGCAACCAGUUAUCAAUGCUAUGGAUCCUCACCCAGUAUCAGCCCUCUACUAUCAGAAUAACAUCUACAUUACUGUCGCUGAACGAGGCUGUGGGUUAAAGUGGAAGACAGAUCAGAUAAUAAAAUUCGACAUCAAUGAAAAAACGCUACAACCUAUUGACGUAAGCUUAAUUACUUUCUAAUUAUUACAGCUUAGGUAAAAAGAUAAGGAGUUGAUAUAAAUAAUUUCAUAAAUAUUCAAACCAUAAACUUUCCGUGCUUACUAUAAUGUCAAAAUAAAUUUUGAAAAUAUUGCCUGAACUUGACAUUGUAGGUAUCGACAGAGCUGUUCGUACUGGCAUUACCUCGUUUCGACUUCUACUACCCCAUCUCGAACCAGUGGCUCCACUUCGGAUCGACCACCAAGAACGAGAAUGGGAAUAAUACUAUAUUCGUACUCAAAGAUAUAACUCGAUCUCCACAUUGGAUCAAGUACGAGUUGCCCUUGGAUGACGUCAACUUCACAGACCAUUUUCUCACAACUGACACAUCUAAUGUUGUUACUGUACUCAGGAAAGACGCCGUUUAUCAAUUCGACAUUAAUUACUUGCAGUAA